AUGUUCACUUCUCUUCUGCUCUUGCUCUCGCUCUCGCUCGGCACGGAGACAUGGGCGCGAGACACGCCCACUCCGCGCCGCGAGACGCCAAAACCCCGGGAGGACGACUUCUUCCACUUCGUCACGAGACCCGACAUUCGCGCUCCCAGAUGGGACGUAACGCGGAUGCACUAUGGGCAAGCUCUGGCGCCGGGCUAUUGGUUCACCCCUACGUACACCUACGUCGAUAAGAAAGACUCCGGCAUGCAUGUGUCGGCCAGUCCGAACAUCUACGACGACGACGGUGAAUUGGUAUGGAGCGGCGGCGAAGUGUUCCACGGCAACAAUGUCAAAGACUUCAAAGUGUCGAAUAUCGACGGCGUCGACCGGCUGACCGCUGUCUACACCCUCAACAAUGCCUACGCGAUUCUCGAUGAUGGCUACGAGGUCAUCCAAGUCGUCACUCCACCGAGGAUCGGGAGUGUGAAUCUCCACGACUUCGCCUUGGCUGACAACGAUACCAAGGCGCUGGUUCUGACCCAGGACCGGGGUCUAGUACCGCAAGAAGAGUUGGCGAAUGUCGGAUGCGAUGGUGAACAGUUCGUGCACUGGCCUGGGUUCGAAGAGCGCGACACCGAUACGUGGGCGCUCACCUUUCAAUGGAAUGCACGAGGCCAUAUCAGGGCAGAUGAAACGCUCGUAGAAGCAGACUGUGCCCGCGCUGCAUGGGAUACAUGGGACGCACUCCAGGCCAACUCUGUCGACAAGUUCCCGGACGGCGAGUAUCUGCUCUCCCUCCGCCACUCUGAUGCCCUGUAUAAGAUAUCUGGCAUCGACGGCUCGAUCCUCUGGAGGUUCGGAGGCAAUUACAGCGAUUUUGAAUUCGACAAUCACUUCCCCGGACAGAACGACGCUCGAGUGUGCGAGCAAAACGAAACACACACCAUCCUCUCGAUCAUGGACGCCACCGUCCGACCAGGAGAGCCUGACAAGAGCAACGACCCUCCGCGGGGAAUGACAAUACUACUCAACACCGCCUCGUCGCCCAUGACUGCUCAAGAGCUGAGCACCUUUGACCAUUCCAACCACAUUCACGGCCGAGGCAACAUGCAGCCUCUGGAUGGCGGCAACACGCUUUUGUCCUGGUGGGACCGCUCUGUGAUAGCGGAGCACUCCGCGACCGGCCAACUGCUCCUGAACGCCAGCUGGGCCGCGCAAUUACAGCACUCCUACCGCGCCUACAAAUACCCCUGGACAGGCUGGCCCCGCACGCCACCAGAUGCAUACGCCUGGGCCGCCGAGCACCAGCAACGAACAGAAGUGUAUGUGAGCUGGAAUGGUGCCACCGAAGUGGCGCAGUGGCAGGUGUACGAGGUGAAGGACAGCAAGAUGUAUCCGAUCGGGACACACAAGCGGCAGGGCUUCGAGACGUUGAUGACAUACCAAGGCAUCAUAAAGGAGGUUGUCGUCUUCGCUUUGGAUGCCGAAGGCGUGGUACUGGGCCGGUCGGCGCGCACCGAAACGGACGUUCAGCUAAACCCCAAACAUCCGACCAUCGCGCUUGCACCACCGAUCUCAGAAGCGCUCGUUCAGCAGCAAGAGCGGGACCCCUUGCACAGUUCGAAUGUGUGGCUUUUCUGGGGAGCAGUGAGCGGCACCAUACUGGUUGUGUUCGGGGUGAGGGCGGCGCGGCGGUAUCGAUGGGGAAGACCUCGGAAGUCUGGCAGGAAGUUGGAUUCACUAUUGAAGAUUUCGGAAGAAGCGUAGACGGUAAUGUAUUGCUAGAACAUGUACGAUGAUAUGGAGCCUGCCAAUCCAAGCUCUUCCUCAAGACUCGUUCGGAAAUGAUGUUGUGAGCGC